AUGGCCGCCGCCGCCUUCCCCCUCUGCUCGCCGCUACUCGCCGCCGCCUCUACCCACCAGCCUUUCCCUUUCCCGGCCCCUCCGAAUCCACCCAGAACCCACCGGCGGCGCUCCCGCUUCGCCGCCGCGGCCGCCUCCAGGUGGCUGAAUCGCAGCAGGAACCCACCGGACAGUGCCGCGGCCAACUCCAUAUGGGUCAGCCCUACCGCCUCGGCCCGCCCCGGCCAGACGCUCCGCCGCCUCGUCCAGCUCGGGGACCUCGACGCCGCGCUCCGCCUCCUCGGCUCCAUGCCCUCCUCGGAGCCGCCGCCCGUCAUCGCCUGCAACAUCCUCAUCAAGAAGCUCUGCGCCGAGCGGCGCCUCGCCGACGCGGAGCGCGUGCUCGACGCGCUCAAGGCGUCUGGCGCGGCGGACGCGGUCUCCCACAACACCCUCGUCGCCGGGUACUGCCGCGAGGGCCGGCUAGCGGACGCGGAGCGCGUGCUCGAGGCGGCCAAGGCCUGCGGCGCCGCCAACGUCGUCACCUACACCGCGCUCAUCAACGGGUACUGCCGCUCCGGCAGGCUCGCCGACGCCCUCGACCUCAUCGCGUCCAUGCCCGUGGCGCCCGAUACCUACACCUACAACACCGUGUUGAAGGGCCUCUGUGGCGCUAAGCAGUGGGAGGACGCCGACGAGCUCAUGGAGGAGAUGAUCAGGAACAAUUGCCAUCCCAAUGAAGUCACAUUUGCUACCCAGAUCCGCUCCUUCUGCCAAAACGGGCUGCUUGACCGCGCCGUCCAGGUUCUCGAGCGAAUGCCCAGGUACGGGUGCACGCCUGAUGUUGUCAUCUAUAGCACACUAGUGAACGGGUUUUCGGAGCAAGGGCGCGUGGACGACGCCGUCGAGCUAGUAAAGACCAUGCUAUGCAGGCCCAACACCGUCUGCUACAAUGCGGCAAUGAAGGGUCUAUGCAUUGCUGAACGAUGGGAGGAUGUCGGGGACCUCAUCGUCGAGAUGGUUAGGAAAGAUUGCCUGCCGAAUGAAGCGACAUUUAGUAUGCUAACCAGCUGCUUGUGCCAAAACGGGCUGGUUGAUUGUGCGGUGGAAGUUCUCGAGCAAAUGCACAAGUACGGAUGCAGACCUGAUGCCGUCAUUUACAACACGUUGAUCUACUGCUAUUCAGAGCAAGGCCGCGUGGAUGAUGCGCUCAAGUUACUGAACAGCAUGCCGUGCAAUCCUGAUACCAUUAGCUUUAACUCCGCUUUGAAGGGCUUGUGUAGAGCUGAGCGAUGGUACGAUGCGGAGGAGCUCAUAGCUCAGAUGCUUAGGGAGGACUGUCCUCUGAUUGAAAUGACUUUUAAUAUAAUCAUCGAUUCGCUUUGCCAGAAUGGUCAGGUAAACUACGCAAUCGAUUUGUUUGAGCUGAUGCCAAAGUACGGAUGUACACCUGAUAUUGUCACAUACAGUAGCCUUAUUAAUGGAUUUUCUGAACACGGGCUUGUGGAAUCUGCCAUUGAGUUGUUUCAAAGCAUGCCAUGUAAACCUGACAUCUUUGGCUAUAAUGCCGUGCUCAAGGGUUUGUGUGGAGCUGCGCGCUGGGAGGAUGCUGGGGAGCUUAUAUCUAACAUGGCUACAAAGGAUUGCCCCCCAAAUGAAGUCACAUUCAAUAUUCUAGUGAAUUCCUUGUGCCGGAAAGGGCUUGUUGAUCGUGCAAUUGAGGUUUUUGAGCAAAUGCCAAAGUACGGAAGUACACCAGACAUUUUCACAUACAAUGCCCUUAUCAAUGGAUUUUCGGAACAAGGCCGCCUGGAUGAUGCCCUCAAGUUAUUAAGCACAAUGUCAUGCAAGCCUGAUACCAUUUCCUAUAACUCUACAUUGAAGGGUUUGUGUAAAGCUCAGCGAUGGAGGGAAGCAGAGGAGAUUGUAGCUGAAAUGCUUAGAAACAAGUGUCCUCCAAAUGAAGUGACAUUCAAGUAUGCUAAUCAAUUAUUUAUACCAAACAGGAUAACUUGAGUGCCACAUUAUGAAUUUAUGCUUUG